CCGCCAUCUGAUAAACCGCCUCAGCGCCCGACCCCUCGUAUGCUCACGUCGCAAGGCAACCAUGAACAAGCAUCGAAAUGCGUCAGUAGCUACCUUGCCACUGAGGCUGUCAACACCUGACCUCUUGGCUUGACGAAAUCGCACCACCUCGCUGAUGUGCAAGGCUAGCGAUCAUCAAGUGCAGACAUUUGGGUUGCCGCGGAUACGGCUCGCAUGUCGCGAACGCAAGCACAUGCGCGCAUUCACGGUCAGCGUCAGGAGGCACACCGGCCAAGAACAGCCUAAGCAAGAGCAGCCUGAAUGGUACUUGCGACGCAUUGAAGAUGGUGUAACACUGCAGUGGGGGGCCUCGACGAGAUUGCCGCCAGACUGCGGGAGUGUCCGCGGAAGGCGCGUUUCGUGGGCUCUUUGCUUGCGUCCCUUCGGAUCAGCGGCCACUCUUCCAUCGUGGGUGACUCAGCGUCAGUGCGAAAAUCAAACACGGGUCACGGCCUGGAUCAAUCGGAGAAUCGACUUGCCCUACGAACGCCAUCUGCUUCUUGCCUGCGCCACACAGAUGUUGCGACUGUGGCUCUUAUGUCGAUUGUGGCGCACGGUCGGGCAGAUCCGUCUUCACAUUGCUUGCACCCCGCGGCGGAUCAGCGCAGCUUUGUUCCCCUCCUGGUGGCCGCAGCAACUGCGUAUCACAAAUGCAUUCACAGAUCGAUGCGCAGCGCCAGGCUUUACGAUCUCUUUUCAAAGCUUUCACAUCGCUUUGCCCUGGCGACACUUCUCUCCCGAAAUGCGCUGGCAAAGGCGCUGAAGUAGGCGCAACAUAGCGCAGCCAUCGACUCACGAGAGAUAGGAUGAUCAAAGCAUGCGGGAUGAAUGGGAGAAUCGAGCGGAUCUCGAUGGUAGUCAGGCACCCGAUUGCACUACGGUGGGAGUAUCGAGAUGAUACGAUCUGUCUAGUCCUCGUUUUGCUACCGCCUCCUCGUCGCCCGCCACUACUUGAUGUCUUCUCGCGUCGAGUCUCCCUUGCCCUCUCCCUACCAUAUCAACGCUACCACUGCCUGCCUCGU